UUCUGCUAUACAAUGUACUCAGCAAACAUGUCAGCACUGAAGACUCAUGGACCAUUUGAUGGACCUCAAUGGCCUCACGUUGCCCCCCGUAGUACCUACUUAAUUGUUGCUGUACUUAUGGGCAUGGUGGUGUUCUUAGCUUUCUUUGUCAAUGGCAUAGUAAUAGUAGUCUCCCUCAAAUAUAAGAAGUUAAGGUCUCCAUUAAACUACAUCCUAGUCAACCUGGCUGUCGCUGACAUGCUCGUCACGAUUUUUGGGAGUAGUGUUAGCUUUCACAACAAUAUUUUUGGGUACUUCACACUGGGGAAACCAGUGUGUGAAUUUGAAGGAUUCAUGGUGUCUCUAACAGGUAUUGUAGGUCUAUGGUCAUUGGCGAUAUUAGCUUUUGAAAGGUACAUAGUGAUCUGUAAGCCUUUGGGGGACUUCCGUUUCCAGCAGAGACAUGCAUUAAUGGGAUGUGCCUUCACCUGGAUCUGGGCUUUUAUGUGGACAUCUCCACCUCUUUUUGGCUGGUGCAGUUAUGUUCCAGAAGGUUUGGGAACAUCGUGUGGGCCAAACUGGUACACUGGAGGUACCAACAACAACAGCUACAUCUUGGCCUUGUUUGCAACUUGUUUCGUAAUGCCACUUAGCACCAUCAUAUUCUCUUACUCCAACCUGUUGUUUGCAUUGAGAGCAGUCGCAGCACAGCAAAAAGAAUCAGAGACAACUCAAAGAGCAGAAAAAGAGGUGACUAGGAUGGUUAUUGCCAUGGUGUUAGCUUUUCUCGUAUGCUGGUUACCCUAUGCGGCAUUUGCUAUUGUAACAGCAACAAAUAAGGAUGUUGUUAUCGACCCUACUUUGGCAUCAAUGCCUUCAUAUUUCUCAAAAACAGCCACUGUAUACAACCCUGUCAUCUAUGUUUUCAUGAAUAAACAGUUUCGAAAUUGCUUAAUGAAACUUAUAUGUUGUGGUCGCAAUCCAUUUGGUGAAGAUGAAACAAGCAUUGCUAGCGGCCGAACAGAUGUAACAUCAAUAUCCGAAGGAGGUGGAAACAAGGUCACACCAGCAUAAUGUCAAUGUGAAAAUUAUAUAGAUGUCCCAAUAAUGCAAAUGUUAUUGAGAAAUGGAAAAAAAACUCUACCUAUGCUUAUGUGACAUGUUUUAUUAGACCAUCCAAUAACCACCAUGGUGCCAUUCGGUGAAUAAAUUUGCACUCAGUAGCUUGGCAUUGUUAGGGUAUUGUACCUCAUAUUGAUCCAGUUCACCUGCACUAUAAUCCUGUGUAUUGGGUUUAGUGCGAGUGAACCGGCUGUCAGUUUCCCUUUAAUAUACGCUUUGUUUACAGGUAAUCAUAUAUAUGGAGUGGUAUGGCUUGUCCACAAAAGGCUCCACUAAGUAUAACGAAUGUAAAAAUCUUUUUCAUAAAGAGCAUGUAAAGGUAAAUCAUGUUUCUCUCCAUUACAAAACAGCAGUAAAGUCACAAUAGAAUAAGAACACCCUGUACUAGAAGAUAUAUCCCAUUUAAACAAGAAUUUAAGUUUCUCUAAUAAAAGCUGUUUCUCAUUUUCUCAGAGGGUACUGUGCAUAUAAUAGGUUACUUGUAAGAGAUGUAUGUAUUUUUCAAUACAAACAAUAAUUUAGAAAAAAAAAUGGUUUUAAAAUCAAAUAAUACUACAGCAACAGUUGGAAAUUCCUAUUUUAUUAUGUCACUAAAUUUAUGGGUUCAAUAUAUCAAAAAUAAACUAUUAAUAUAAGAAUGCAAUAUUAAUAGUGUUUCAGCAUCACAGCAUAAUUUACUUACACAAAUAUUACAACAGAAAAAUUCUGUAAAGAGGCAAAAUAAAUUUCCAGUUUUGCUUGUUUUGCGUUA